CUGUUGUCUACUUGUUAGUAAGAACUAAGAAGCUUUGUUUUUUUUUUUUUUGGUUCAAAGUAAAAGCUUUGUUUGUAUGAGUUUUGCAUUUGAUGGCGGUCGUCGUCGUCUCCGUUCAUCGUCCUUAUGCAACCCACUUAAUCUCUGAAAACCCUAAUCCUCCUAAAAUUCACUUGAAAUUCAGUACGUCUCGCUUGAGCUUUCAUCAUCUUUCUCAUACGAACAAGCAUCAGCUCCGUUGCUUAUCCGCGAAAUCAACGCCUUCGAGUCCAGACCCUGAAUCUCCUAAAGAUGGGGAAGAGCAGGAGAGUGUGGGAGUCAAAGUAGCUUUAGCAAUGCUGAGAUUCUACAAGAGGGAGAUAUCGCCGGUGUUACCUAGAAGCUGCCGUUACGUUCCAACUUGCAGUGAGUACUCUAUGGAAGCUUACAAAAGAUAUGGAGUUCUCAAAGGCACUGUUCUCACCACAUGGCGUCUCUGCCGCUGCAAUCCUUUUGGUGGGUCUGGAUACGAUCCUCCAAGAUGGUUUGGUGAGGGUUUGAUCAUGCCCCAAGAAGAAGAAGAAGAAGAUGGCUAUGGCAACGAGAAUGAAAGAGAGAUUUGAUUUAAAUAUAAAAGAACAAUAAAAGUUUGUAAAACUACUACUAGAGAAAGUAAAGAAAGCUGAGAAUAAGAAUUACAACAUCUGUUACCAAAAGAUUUUGAUCUUU